GAUUGUUUGGAACAACAUUUGAUAUCUAAUCUAUUAGUCACUUGUGUUUCUAUUAUUGAAAACACCUCUACAUGAGUAAGCACAGUCGUAAAGCGAAACUAGAAGCUGAAAUAAGUGAAAAAUAUGGAGUUAAACAUAUUAGAUCUAAACGAUUAUUGUCUCGGUUCAGUAUUGAAGUAUCUGGAACUAGAAGAUCAUGUUCGAUUUGCACAGACUUGCAAGCGAUUUGAAGAAGUGCUCCGAGAUUGGUCACCUGUACUUUAUCCAGACUUUCGAGUUAAGAGAAGUCAUGAUACGGAUCCCGAGGAAGUGAAAUGGCAAUAUCAAUUAUUGUGCAUACUACGAGACAUCAUUAAGCGACUGUAUCUGGAUAUCCAUCAAGAAGAUGGCGAAGCACCGCUUUCCAUCGAUGAUCUCGUUGGUCAGAUUAAAGAUAUGGAUAGUCUGGAGUAUAUUGCAAUAAACGAAGGAAGCAUGUUUGGUGGAUUGAUGCUUAAGUCGAGCACACCUCGUCAACAACUGAUCCAAAAGGUAUUGGAUGCUUUAGAAUUUAUUCCCAACAUAAAAAGUGUUAGCGUUAGCAGCAAAACUGACAUUUAUACCGCGUGCAGUUUGAAACGAAUGAAUUGCUUGGAGAAAAUAUCAAUCGAUAAUAAAAUAUCCGUUGACGAUUUGAUCGAAAUCUGUAAAUCAAAUACGAAUCUGCGAGUUUUGUGGAUAAGAGAAGUUGUCGGCGAACUUUCGGACAUUGUGCCCCAUUGCCAGAACUUGGAAGAAAUCUCCUUUCCCAUGUUUGCCAGUCAUAAAUCUUACGCUCGCCUUGCAGAUCUUCCCAAGCUACGCAAAGUUAUUAUAAAAAGCACAAACUCCACUUCGCCUUGCGCUAAAUUAAUCGAAUUAUUCGAUGCAUUUGCUGGGAAGAAGCAACAAACUGCUUUGGAAAGUCUAAUGUUAUUCUCCUUCUUGGACUUUGACGAGACGAGCAAACUAAUUCAAUUGACCUCUCUGAAAGAACUGCGUUGUGCUUUCGAUGAUGCCAGAUGCAUUGAACUCUUGACUGAUUUAACCGAGCUAGAGGGACUUUAUAUUAUGCUGGGUCGUUCAGCUGCCGGCUCCAAAGAGUGCUUGAACAUACUGCGAUCAUGUCAAAAACUGCAACGUUUGCACAUCAAUUCGAAUCUAUCAGUCGAAUUUACAGGCAAAGCGCUGGAAGUCUUGCGGAAUGUACGCAUACCUGAAAAGCAAAAACCUCUGCAAUUGUAUUCCACGGGAGUUAUGCAUUUGUGCAAUGACGAAGAUGAAAAGUUGAUUGAUAACGCCUUCUGCAUAGUAGUGAAUCAGUCCGAAUAUUUACGCGCUUUACCCUGGCGAUUACCAAACUAGGAUCGAGAGUGACUUUGCUUCUUUUAUUAUCAAUGCACUUAUGACAUAU